AUGGACGAAGAAGAAGAGAGUAAAUAUGUGUCCCAGCUCAAGGAAGUCUACAGCAGUUGUGAUACGACUGGCACUGGAUAUCUGGGCAAAGAGGAACUGACAGAGUUGUGCCAGAAGCUUCAUCUGGAAGGACAGCUGCCUCUGCUCUUGCAGACACUUCUUGGGAAUGACCACUUUGCCAGGGUAAACUUUGAAGAGUUUAAAGAAGGCUUUGUGGCUAUACUGUCAUCAGAUAUCGAUGUCAGCACCUCUGAUGAAGAUAGUAGCUACUUGGAAUCAGAUUUUCCAAAUUAUCCACAGUUAACUGGCUCAGAUGCAGUGCCUGCCGCUCCACCUGUCAAAGCAGCUGAGGAUGAACUUCCCAGCACUCGACUCUGUACCCCCAUUCAAAAAGCUGGCCCAGCUGAAGUUCAGCCAAAGUAUGUGAAUGGAGCCAAGUGGUAUGGUCGUCGGUCCCGACCUGAGCUACAAGAUCCUGAGGCUGAAACCAAGUUUUUUCAAGAACAGCAAAUAAAUGCUAAUGUGAAAAGCCCACUGAGGCGAUCAGCCUCUUUGGAGAGUGUUGAGAGUCUCAAGUCAGAUGAAGAAGCUGAAAGUGCUAAAGAACCCCAGAACAAGACUUUUGAAACACAAGGCCAAACCUGGAACCCUGAGGUAUUUGGGAAUUGCCCAAAGUCCCCCAAUGCUUCCCUAGAUGUAACUGAGAACCAGGUCCGGGGAAUCUGGGAAGAACUUGGAGUUGGAAGCAGUGGUUAUCUCGAUGAAGAAGAGCUGGCAACAGUUUGUAAGAACAUUGGACUGCAAGAACUUGAAAAAGAGGAACUUGAGGAUUUGUUUAACAAACUGGACCAAGAUGGUGAUGGUAGAGUUAGUUUUAAAGAGUUCCAGCUUGGGGUAUGCAGUCAUGGACCCUGUUCAGUCCCUGGAUCUUCCACUCCCAUCAAACCUAACAACCACUGGCCACAUCACCAGGUCUAUGAGGAGAAUGGCUGUAGAACCUCCACUACCUCAUCCCUUCUGUCCAUUUGCAUGGAUGUGCACCUCUUCUCCAGCAUUGAUGAUGGCACUGGGUUUGCUGUUCCUGAGCAAGUCAUAGCCGUUUGGGCACAAGAAGGCGUAAAGAAUGGCAGGGAGAUCUUGCAGAACCUUGACUUCAACAUGGAAGAUAAGGUGAACCUUUUGGAACUGGCAUGGGCCUUUGACAAUGAGUUAAUGACUGGUGGUGGAAUUCAGCAGGCAGCCUUGGCCUCCUACAGACAUGAACUCUGCUAUCUACAAGGGCAAGCUGAGCAGGCAGAGAAGGAAAGAGACAAACUGAAGCAUGAUUUGGAGAAAUUGGAAAAACGGAACUUGGAAUUUGUCAAAGAAAUGGAUGACUGCCACAUUGCCAUGGAGCACCUCAAUGAAAGCAAAAUCAAACACCUGGAGGAGGACUACAGAGGAAAAUUAUCGCUACUUCGUUCUGAGAUUGAGAUAGAGCGAGAGAUGCUCUGGCAGCAGGUGAACAGACAGAGAGCCAAGCUUGAAGCAGAUAUUGAGUAUCUACAGGGGGAAGAAGUGUGCCUUCAGGAGAAGCUGACCUUGGCCUUGAAGGAAAAUAGUCGGUUACAGAAGGAAAUCAUAGAGGUUGUGGAGAAGUUGACAGCAUCAGAAAAGCUGGUAUCGAAGCUACAGAAUGAUCUUGAAUUUGUGUUGAAAGACAAGCUGGAGAGACACAACCCUGAGCUCUUCAGUCAGGAAGAACGAUUUGCAGAAGUUAUAAAAGAAUAUGAACUCAAGUGCAGGGACCUAAGUGAUAGGAAUGAUGAGCUGCAAACUGAGUUGGAAGGCCUGCGCUCCCAGCUGCAUGAGAGCAAAUACCAUCAUUCACGGAGUCCAGAGGAGGAUAGUGUGCCAGAUGGAUACGUUCUCCUUGCUGAUGAUCAAGAAGAAGCAAUACAGAGAGUCAAUUGGGCCCUUCAAAUGAGGAGAAAUCUGUCUGCUACAGGCAAAAAUGGCAUUACUUCUGUUGGAGAUGAUCAUGUACCUGUGAGCAUAGAAACAGAGAUAAUGAUAGAGCAACUCAAAGAACAUUAUCAAGAUCUCAAGAUCAAAUUGGAAACCAAGGUAAAUUACUAUGAGCGAGAAAUAGAGCUCAUGAAAAAGAACUUUGAGAAGGAGAGAAAAGCUAUCGAGCAAGGCUUUAAGAUGGAGAUCAGUGAGUUAGAAGAACAGAAGGCUGACCUGGAAGAGCUGAAUGUGAAAUCUCAAGAGCUGAUUGAAGGCCUGCAAGAUCAGAUCCAAAAAUCAACCCAGAGCCAAGAGGUUGAGAGGAAAUUAGAGAAAGAGAGGUCGGAAAUGGAACAGUACUAUGCAAAGGAGAUUUCCAAUCUGGGGCAGCGGCUGGCCCAAGAAAAGGACCAACUAGAGGAAGAACUGAAAUUGAAGCAUCAGAGUGAGCUGCAGUUAAUAAGGACAGAGGCAGAGAUGGAAUUGAACCAAAAGCUGUCAUGGACAGAAGCCCAGCAUGCUGAAAAUUAUAAGAGGUUAUUGGUGCAACAUCAGCAUGAAAAGGAAGACAUGUUACGGAAGUACAGCUUGCAAGUGAGAGAGAUAAAGGAACAAUGUGAUUUAGAAAAAAAGCAAUGGGAAGAGAAAGAAAAGGAAAUAAUUACUCAGUAUAAAAAGAAAGAGCUAAAGCUGGAAGAAAGGAUGAAUGAAGAGCAUGCUAGGAUAUGCAAAAUGUUUGUCAUUGAAAAGGAGAAGGUUGAAUUCACUUACAGAAUGCAAAUAGAAAGGCUUACCCAUGAAACAGAGAAAAUAAGAGGCCUCUUAUCUGAUGAGAAAAGACAGAUAAAUAAUGAAACCAAAUGUGUGACUAGCCAAGAAAUAUUUUUUUCAAAAAAGAGCAGAAACCAAGAGAACCUGUAUGAAGAGGACUGGGAACAAAGUGAGCAGUUAUCGGCAUGGCCAAAAUCCAAAGGCGACAAUCAUGACAAGUCUGAAGAUCUGGUUUUUAUUCAAAAAAAGAAAGAACUUGAAGGAGACAACCUGAGCAAUUUAGGAACAAAGUAUGUAACUGAACUAAAGGAACAAAAUUGCCCUACUGAGACUGUUCACAAACCGUGUGAGUUUCAGACAUCCCUGUCAUCUGAAAAGCCAUUUGAUAGUGUCAGGAUCAGCGAUGCCAAUUUGAUUUUGCCAAAGACAGAAGAAGCCACAUUCCUUUCUCCAGGGGGAAUGUAUGCCCAACCCCCUGGAUCUGAAGAAGUGUGGAAAGGUGAGGAACAAUUAGUUUCUGUUGAUGAAAGAGGCAUCCAGAAUGAGAAUUUGUCAGACUAUCUCAGUAUCAGAGAAGAGAAGUUGCUUCUACUGAAUACGGAAGAGAAUGACUUGGUUGUUCCAUUUCCACAGAGAACAAACUUGAUCCCAACUCUGGAGGCAAAAAAGAGUUUGGCUUUUUCAGGAAAGGAAGAUAUUGAGAAGCAGAGAGCAGUUCUUAAAGAACAAGCUGGGAAACUCACUGAAGAGCUGGAAUUAGUGAGAAUGAAGGAACAAGAUUUGACCACACAGGUACAGGAGACAGAUGAGCAGGCCCAGAAACAUUUAAUAGCCUUAGAGCAUGAACUGUGUCUCCGGGAAGAAGCUAUUAAAAAGGGAGCAAAGCUAUUAGACAUGUAUAUACAGUCACACCAGCAGCUAGAAGAUCAACUGAGGACCAAGGAAGAGGAGCUAUCAAUGCUGCGUGAAAAGGAGGAAGUGAUUCUUACUCAAUUAAAGCAGAGAGAGGAGAUGGUGGAAGAAAAAAGAUGGGAGACUGAGACCCAGCUAGAAAGAGAAAAGGAUGAGAUGAAGAUGAAGCUGAUUCAGCUGGAAGAGCUAGUCCAGACCCUUGAGAAAGAAACAAACUCAAGAGAAAAUGACAGAAUCGAGUUGUGUGAACUUUCUGAAGAUAACCGCUUACUAAAAAAUAAGCUAAAAAGGUUUCAGCAGGAGCUAGAAGAUACAGCAAUAGAACGUGACCAACAGAGGAAGCAAAUAGAAGAAUUAAAGAGAGAAAAGGAAAAGGCUUUCACUGAAAUAGAAGAGUAUAGUAAACAGACAGAGAAGCACAAGAAUGAAGUCUCCCAGCUCAAUACCAAGAUCAGUCAGUUGAUUGAUGAGGUCUCUGUGCUACAGGCCCAGAAUGAGAGCAGCCAACAUACUGUGCAGCAGCUAACACAGAGACUUACAGAAGAGGGACAUCAGAAAAAGGAGAAGGAUGGUCAAAUGCAGAAAUUGGAGCUGGAGCUUCAACGGGUGAAUCAAGAAUGCCAGUCUCUGAGACUUUCAGAAACACAGCUGAGAGAGAAGCUUGAAGAAAACCAGGACCAGUUACUAGAAGCCAAGGCAAGGUUGAAGCUGGCACAGUCCCAACAUGCAGAGGAGAUGCUUCAAGUAAAGGAGCAGAUGUACCAGUUGGUGCCUCAGGAUUAUGUGACUGAGUUACAGAACGCAUUGGUAGAAGAACAACAGAUGGUUCAGCAUCUCCGGGAGGAUUUUAAAUUCCACACAGAGCAGGCGAGUAGACAACUGGCAAGCCAGAAGGAACAGCAUGAAGAACGGCUUAAAAACAUGGAAGAGAGAGUGGAAGAAGUGGAAAUGAAUUUGAAAAACAUGGAAGUACUGUUGCAGGAAAAAGUGGAACAGCUAAAAGAGCAAUUUGCAAAGAAUGCAAAAUCUGAUUUGCUGCUAAAAGACCUGUAUGUGGAAAAUGCUCACCUAAUGAAAGCUCUCCAGAUUACCGAACAGAAGCAGAAAGGUGCCGAGAAAAAGAAUUUUGUCUUGGAGGAAAAGAUUGUAGCUCUCAAUAAGUUAAUAAACAAGAUCACUUCAGCAUCUCUCUCAGUGUAAAAACAAAAAAGUCAUUUUGACAGGCUAUAGGAUGUCAACAUUUCUAAGAAUCUUGCUAGUUAUGAACAACCAGACAGUGCCU